ACACCAUGAGGCGAGUGGUACGGCAGAGCAAGUUCAGGCACGUGUUUGGCCAGGCUGUGAAAAAUGACCAGUGCUAUGACGACAUCCGGGUUUCCCGAGUCACCUGGGAUAGCUCCUUUUGUGCAGUCAACCCCCGAUUUGUUGCCAUCAUCGUAGAAGCCAGCGGGGGUGGGGCAUUCCUCGUGCUGCCCUUGCACAAGACUGGUAGAAUUGACAAAUCCUACCCAACAGUAUGUGGCCACACAGGACCCGUGCUCGACAUUGACUGGUGUCCACACAACGACCAGGUCAUUGCCAGUGGUUCAGAGGAUUGCACAGUGAUGGUCUGGCAGAUCCCAGAAAAUGGACUCACUCUUUCUCUGACCGAACCCGUGGUGAUUUUGGAAGGCCAUUCCAAGAGAGUGGGCAUAGUGGCGUGGCAUCCGACCGCACGCAACGUUCUGCUCAGCGCAGGUUGUGAUAAUGCCAUCAUCAUCUGGAACGUGGGGACAGGGGAAGCCCUCAUAACCCUGGAUGACAUGCACUCAGACAUGAUCUAUAAUGUGAGCUGGAACCGGAACGGCAGUCUGAUAUGUACGGCCUCCAAAGACAAAAAAGUGAGAGUGAUCGAUCCCAGGAAGCAAGAGAUUGUGGCUGAGAAAGAAAAGGCACACGAAGGAGCUCGGCCCAUGAGAGCCAUCUUUUUGGCAGAUGGCAACGUCUUCACCACUGGCUUCAGCCGCAUGAGUGAGCGGCAGCUGGCCCUCUGGAGUCCGAAAAACAUGCAAGAACCUAUUGCCCUUCAUGAAAUGGACACCAGCAAUGGCGUGUUACUGCCCUUCUAUGACCCUGACACCAGCAUCAUCUACUUAUGUGGGAAGGGUGACAGCAGCAUCCGCUAUUUUGAGAUCACAGAUGAAUCCCCCUAUGUCCACUACCUCAACACUUUCAGCAGCAAAGAGCCUCAGAGGGGAAUGGGGUACAUGCCCAAGAGAGGGCUCGACGUCAACAAGUGUGAGAUCGCCAGAUUCUUCAAACUUCAUGAGAGAAAGUGUGAGCCCAUUAUCAUGACUGUUCCGAGGAAGUCCGACCUUUUCCAGGAUGACCUGUAUCCAGACACAGCAGGACCCGAGGCCUCUCUGGAGGCAGAGGAAUGGUUUGAGGGCAGGAAUGCUGACCCGCUCCUCAUUUCCCUGAAGCACGGCUACGUUCCCGGAAAGAACCGCGACCUCAAGGUGGUCAAGAAGAACCUGCUGGACAACAAGCCCUCGGUCAACAAGAAAGGCAGCCUGAUGGGCCCGAAGGGCGUGGCCGACGGCGUGGGCACCGUGCAAAACGAAACCAAGUUGGAUGAGAUCCUAAAAGAGAUCAAGUCCAUCAAAGACACGAUCUGCAGUCAAGACGAGCGCAUUUCCAAGUUGGAGCAGCAGAUGGCAAAGAUAGCCGCAUGAAGGCAGAGGAGCCGGGAAGGGUGAAGCCGGGCCGGAUCCCCUCAUCUCGCCUCCUCUAGACGUCGGGCUGCUGCUGGACUUGGCGUUGGGUCGUCCCGGGCUUUGGGCUCUGGGGAGGCAGCUCUGUCCAGACUGGCCUGGCUGCUGGCAUCUUGGCCGUUUCUUACUUGAAGCAUCAUGUUUUCGGGCCCGGGGCUAGUGCUCGGCGGGCGGCGCCCCAGGACGAGGACGUGGGCCGUGCUCAGAAGGGGAGCGUGGAUCCUGUAGGCUUGCCUUUUCUCUUGUUUCCCAGUCUUGCUCUGAUGCCAUGCCAGAGAAAAAAAAAAGAUUGUCUUUCCACUAACAAAGCGCCCUUCCCUUUGUGAAGUCCACACAUACAAAGUGACUGUACUCAGGGCCCCCUCCCCCCGCAUUCUGUUUCCCCUCCCUCUCUAUUUCAGACAUAUUUCCCAUUAAGCUUCUGAGACCCGUGGACAGACGGUGCUUGGUGCAUGUUGAAGUGAGUGGUCUGUGACAGACAAGAGUAGUAAAUUGUCUGGGGUCCAGGCGGGCCCCUCCUUCAGCCCUUCUCCCACCUGCAGCCCUGCAUGUGCUGGCAUGCCCAGCCUUUCCCAGGGGGGCAAGCGUCAGGCUCCCUAAGCCUCGGGGCAGCUGAGGCCUGGGCUCCCAUUGUCUGUCUUGUUGUGUAUAGCUGAAGGCUUCUGUGGAAGGCCUGAGGGUCUCGGGUUGGGUGGGGAUGGUGCAGGGAGCUUCCCUGGCCCCUGGUGUUGGUGGGGAGAGAGCCCUGGGUCUGUGCAGGAGAGGGGGAUGGGACUCGGCCAGGCUGGCUAUGUGGCUCUGGAGCCUCGUGGAGAAGGCUGGCCCCAGAGGCCGAGGGUGAGGAGAUGUGUGGAGCGAGUUGGCUGCCGAGAGCUGUGUGUUGUUCCAUCCAGUCUUCCGGACGCUUCCGUUGUAAGACUGGGGCACAGACCUGAUUGCUGAUAGAGGCAGGGUGCUAGGAAGGUCAUGCUGAGGCGGGAAGAGAGCAAGGAAAAGUCGUUCUGAUUGUCGUUUGUUGCUUGUGUCUUAUUGAAGUGAACGGAUGCCUAACCAGGCACACACAGUCAGUGCCUGAAGCUGGGGGGUGGGCAGGGGGGGUGGCUGCUUUUUUUUUUUUUAAAGCCGUGAUAACCCAGAGGAGAACCAGUGAAUUAUCCCAAGAUCGGCUCUUAUAGAGCGGCCAUAGUAUUCUGUCAAAUAUUUGCUUCCAUUUUCAACGAUAAAAUCAUUGAUUACACAA